CUUUCCAACGGUCAUCAUAGCAGGCAAUUCGCAGCAUGGUUGACACGUGGUUCGCAGCUUUCGUAGAUCGCAUUGGAGAAGAGUGCUCUGGAGAUCGACAGAAUGUCGGGACUAUAGCGGCAACGACGACAGGCUUCAACGACACUAUUGACUUCCUCUUCCUACGACAUGUUCUCGAAGAUGCUGAAACCUGUCUUCAUCGUGCAUCCCUUCCCCCUCUCAAUGUCUAUGUCGAUGAAUCCAACGACAAAGUUUUGGACAGAUUGCCGGGCAAUUUUCAAUCUUACAGACAACCUGAAAGAAGCCGAUCAUACUCCAUUGAACGCACCAGAACAUACGCCCGACUACCUUGCGAUGUUGACAUGCCUCCUCAUCGCCUGGAUCUCAAACAGAGCUGCAUUUACACCAUUCAACAAAACCUCUUAGUACAAAAUGGAUUGAUGAGAAACGCACGUGUGCGUGUGGCCGCUCUGCAUUGUCGGUUCGUCGAAGUCCAACUCAUCAAUACAUUCGAAAGCCGCAAUACCCCCCCUCCUCAACUUUGCGUUCCGUCCAAACUGUUUGUCCCGGACAUUGAGUCAAAGACUGCUUCCUUUGCGACGCAUAUGCGGCGACGUUUAAUGCAUGAACCAUACUCGACCUUCGAACAGAGAGCCAUUUGUUCACGGUCAAUUGUACACGACGUUGUCGAGGGUGAGAAUGCGGAGACACGAUGUGUCUAUUUGCAGAGGCGAAAGAGGGGCAAGGCUGCUAAUGUUGUAUUUCCUGAGUUGCUACUAUAAACACAGUAUAUCGUCGAAGAGCCGACCGAAGGGGUGUCCUUGCAAUGUGUAAGAUAAAAUAUGUCUGUAUACUACAAUGCUAC